CCCUGAAAGGCGACGAUGGGAGAAUGGACCAUUUUGGAGAGGCUGCUGGAGGCGGCCGUCCAGCAGCACUCCACCAUGAUCGGCAGGUGGCCGGAAAAAGGAGACCAAAGGGAAGUCCGCGUUGCUCUCUUUCUGCUGGAUUUGAUCCUGCUCACCGUGGUGGUGAUUUUCCGCAUCUUGAUCGUCGGAAUCGUGGGCGAGAAGGUGUACGAGGACGAGCAGAUCAUGUUCAUCUGCAACACCAUGCAGCCCGGGUGCAACCAGGCCUGUUACGAUAAGGCCUUCCCCAUCUCGCACAUCCGCUAUUGGGUCUUCCAGAUCAUCUUGGUGUGCACGCCGAGCCUGUGCUUCAUCACCUACUCGGUCCACCAGUCGGCCAAAGCUCGGGACCGCAGCUACUCCCUGCUGCACCCGUACAUGGACGGCCACGGCCACGGCCACGGCCACGGUCACGGUCACCACGGCCGCCAUCACGACCAUCACGCCCGCAAGCUCCACUCCCGCAACGUCAACGGCAUCCUGGUGCACCCCGACAGCAGCAAAGAGGACCACGACUGCCUGGACGUCAAAGAGAUCCCCAACGGACCUCGAGGGCUCCCUCCCACGCACAAGAGCGCCAAAGUGCGGCGGCAGGAAGGGAUCUCCCGUUUCUACGUCAUCCAGGUGGUGUUCCGCAACGCCCUGGAAAUCGGUUUCUUGGCGGGCCAGUACUUCCUGUACGGCUUCAACGUGCCGGGGAUGUUCGAGUGCGACCGCUACCCGUGCGUGAAGGAGGUGGAGUGUUACGUGUCUCGGCCCACGGAAAAGACCGUCUUCCUGGUCUUCAUGUUCGCCGUCAGCGGCAUCUGCGUGGUGCUCAACCUGGCCGAGCUCAACCACCUCGGCUGGCGGAAGAUCAAGACGGCCAUCCGCGGCGUGCGGGCCCGCCGGAAGUCCAUCUGCGAAGUGCGCAAGAAGGACGUUUCCCACCUGUCUCAGGCCCCCAACCUGGGCCGGACCCAGUCCAGCGAGUCGGCCUACUCACACUCUUCUCUCUCUCUCUCUCUCUCUCUCCCCCCCCCCCCCCCUCCCUUCUCGUUCUUGGUGAGAGAACUCUCCUCUCCUGUCCUCUCCUCUCCUGUCCUCUCCUGCUGCUCACUCGGAGUCGGGAAAACUUCUCUCCUCUCGUCUUUGGAAACAAAAAUAGUGCAAAGACGAGUCGCGAAAGAACAAAAGCGGCCAUGGGUUUGGAAUGAGAGACAAAAGAAAAAGAAAAGGAAAAUGAACACAAGGAUGGACCAUCUGGGCCAAGUCAGUCUUGCUGGGUUUUCGUCGGACGAGUUUUACGCAGCGAAGCGCGACCUGACGCAACAAGAAGGAAGUUGCAAAACCCAAAGAGCAAAAAAAAAAAAAAAAUGGCCUCAGUUCAGGGGAACCGUGAAGACUCCGAUAAGGAUCAACAUGGCAAACAGGGGCCCAUCUUACGGUCUCACCCGCGAGGUCCAGAGUAAGAUCGAUAAGAAAUACGACCCGGAGCUGGAGGAAACGCUGGUGGAGUGGAUCCUGGCCCAGUGCGGACCCAACGUGGGCCGGCCCGAGCCGGGCAGACCCGGCUUCCAGGAAUGGCUGAAGAACGGAUGCGUGCUCGCUGAGCUCAUCAACAGCUUGACGGCGCCCGCGAAGGCAAUCAAAACCAUCAAGAACUCCGGAAUGGUCUUUGCUCAAAUGGAGCAGAUCUCCUUGUUCCUCACCGCGGCAGAAAAAUACGGCGUGACCAAAACGGACAUAUUCCAAACCGUCGACCUCUACGAAAGCAAGGAUCUGGCAGCCGUCCAGAGGACCUUGGCGGCUCUGGGGAGCUUGGCCGUCACCAAGAACGACGGCAACUACAAAGGAGAUCCCGGCUGGUUCCAUAAGAAGGCCCAAGAGAACAAGAGGGAGUUUUCUGAAGAGCAGCUGAGCGAAGGGAGAAACUUCAUCGGCCUGCAAAUGGGCACCAACAAGUUGGCGUCUCAAGCCGGCAUGACGGACUACGGCAGGCCCAGGCAGAUCAUCAACAACAACUGAGGCCCGCAAAGUCGACCGGAGAACGAACGUGACCGACCCGUCGUCUUAUUUUUGCGGACCAAAGAGAAACCGACGCGCACGUAAUCCCACGCGCGUCACUGCCACUAAAACGCUUCGACCACCUUUGACCGUUUCUGCAUAUUUCGCGCAGCAGCUCAAUUGGACCGAAGGCUCAAAUCCUUCCGCCGACAUUUCCGACGGACGCCAAGAAGUAGUUCAAGUUGGUAGCGUGCGCCGAGCAAACCCGUUGCUGCCGAUGUUUCAUUAUUUUUUUUUUUUUUUUUUUUUUUCCCCCCAAAUGCGGUGAUGGCCUCCUUUUGGAGUCAAAUGUUCUGGUUGAAAAUAAAAUUCCUCGGAAAUGUC